AGUCGCAAGCUCAACUACUUAAAAUAAUUCAUUUCCGUUUAGGAGCAUUCAAUAAUUGCAUCCCCGGUGGUUCCGGAAAUGCGACAUUACUUGUUCUGUGGAUUAUAGCUGCUUCUCAAAUGCACUCCUGACAGGUUUUCCAUCCUCAAAGUCUAGUUGGAUAAUGAUAAUUCAUUCAAUUAUACUUCUCAUGAAGUCUUACGCUUACACUCAAUAACACCUAACACCUUAGGUAAAGGUACCGUACUUGAUUUAAAAAAAAAAAAGAAAAAAAACAUGGCGAGUACACUUACACGCCAACCUCGGGCCUCGCCCCUUCGGGGUACAUUAGAUCCGACUAACCUAGUAGUUUCGGACGGAGAAGCAUCGCCGUCGUCUGAUGGUGCAGCAGAUGAAGAGCCGCUGUAUAUCAAUCAAGAUGAUGCUCAAUCCAUGAUACAGCCGGCUUUAAGUCCUGCGGCGACAAGGCUUACCCUUCCCAAGACUCCCGCAGCAGAGAAAGUGGCUGCACUGGAGAGUUUGCCCGGUGGAGGUUUGUUUAGUGUUGUCGAAGGACCGAUCACUAGUGAACCGGAAAGUCUCUCUCCGUCGGCAAUGGGUUCGACUAGGACGGCUUAUCAAGCGACUGGUACAAGGACCCAAACGCGUCAAAAUAGAGGUCAUUCCCUAGGUCAGCUUCCUUUGAGCCCCUCAUCCUCGUACAGGUUCCCAUCGCCAUGGCAAUCGGGGCCAAAGCAGAUGGUUGUGCAGAAUGAACCUAGUUCAAAGCCAGCUCUAUCUGCUGUGUUUGGUCAAAAUAAUAGCCAUCACAAUCGUUCUUCGUCCGGGGGGGCAGAUGCACUAAAGAGGAUACGGGGGGCUUUACCAUCCAUGCCAUCUGUGUCGAUGACAUCCAUUUCUCUACCUUCCUUCUUUUCGGGGCCCUCCUCGGCGAAGAGCGCAAGGCUAGAUGCGAAGAAAAGUGCUUCUCCCAACGACAGUGCACCAAGGACAGGGAGACUCAUAUCCAUGGAAACUCCUGUCCCAACUCCUAGGACCGUAGCCCCGUUGGAUAAUAGGCAGUCACUUAUGGGUCUGCCUACCCGUACUACUCAAGGUCCCACACCAUCUCGACCGCGGACAAUACGGCGGACGACUUCUGACGAAUCGAUACUCUAUCAUUCUCUAUCUAGGAUGUCAUCCCUAGGUGACGAUGAUAGAUGGAACGAUAUUAGAGAGCAGAAGAAUAGUAGGCUCAAAGCCAUAACCGAUAGCUUGGAUGUGCCUAUGUUUAAACUACCACAGUUUCCAAAUAUUAUUCCGGCUCCACUCAAGAGGAACUCAGGCCUGUGGUUCGAUCAGUCGGACUCGUCUUUAACAGGGACCGCCCGGACUUCCACCAUCUUUGAGUUCGGACUGUCAAACAAUAGCGACACGAAUCUAUCAGAUAUGGAUCGUGCUUUGGAAUUGCUGACUGGCGACAUUGUCAUCAUGGGUGGAUACCGCGGUUCUAUCUUGAGGUCUACCAGAACUAACCGUCAGGUCUGGGUACCUGUGAAGGUCGGGCUGAACAUACGAAAAGUUAACUUAGAAGUUGGCCUGGAUCCCGAAGACGAGGAGAGAAUGGAAGAGACAAUAUACGCCUCUGGCAUGCUUAAAAAUAUAGGGCCGGUUGAUAUCUCGAAGCGCUUAUUUAAAAGGUUAAGGGAAUGCGAAAAUGCUAGAACGGGGAAGCUCAGGGUGUGGGAUUACGGCUGGGACUGGCGUUUAAGUCCUCACUUACUUUCGCGCAAAUUGAUUGCCUUUCUUGAACAGCUACCUUCGAAUCAGGGGUCUGGUAGCUCUGAAGGUAAAGGGGCACUAGUCAUCGCACACAGUCUUGGAGGACUUAUCACUCGCCACGCCGUAAACCAACGACCUGAUCUAUUCUCCGGGGUAAUAUUUGCGGGGACUCCACAACGAUGUAUAAAUAUCUUAGGACCGCUCCGCAAUGGCGAUGCUGUGCUCUUCAAUGAGAAGGUCUUGACAGCCCAGGUUAACUUCUCGUUAAGGACAACCUUUGUUUUCUUACCGGAAGACGGCUUCUGCUUUAUCAACAAAUACACCGGCGAGCAGUAUCCAGUUGAUUUCUACGACCCCCAGCAAUGGAUUAAAUACAGCUUAAGUCCGUGUAUCGAGCCGGCUUUACCUUCUUAUAAGUCUCGUUCCGGCGCACUCAGCUCACUGAGAGAGCUCUCCGAAAGACUUCCGACACAACUAAGGAGUCGGGGAAAUAGUGCAGCUAGUGAAUCCCGAUCGCCAACGCGGAAUCUAGUGGCUGAAGCGAUACGGAAAGUUGAGGUCUCUAAUGACAGGACCCUAGCACCGCAGAUGGGAACCCUGCACGGAGACUCGAGCACAGCACACCAGCAGCAGCAGAAAACCCCUGACCACGAUGCUGGGACGCGCAGCCGCAACCUUGCGUACCUGACCCGAACGCUGGCCGAGAUCAAGCGGUUCAGAGCCGAGACACAACACCGGCCGGAGCAUACGGCAGCUAACGCGUACCCACCCCUAGCAGUUAUCUAUGGCAAGGAAGUACCAACCGUGUGGGCGGCUAGCGUCACAUCGCGCGAGGCCAUCGCAUGCGCAGAUGCGUACGACGAUCUUGUCUUCCGUAGCGGCGACGGUGUCGUACUUGCUCGCGAGGCUAUGCUUCCCGAGGGGUAUGAACUUGUGCGAGAUGGUCAGGUUAGCACUGACAGAGGUCACAUUACCAUGCUAGGUGAUAUGGAUGCCGUAGGAAAAGCUCUGCUGGCGGUGAUAAGGGGCCGCCGGAAGGGAAUCGGACUUGGGCUAGAGAGACAAACCUAACCCCUUUUUGGCUACUGCCAAGCGGAUUGGGAUUAAGAUAUGAUAGAAAUUAGAGGUACAUACAAGAUAUACACUUAAGCCAGGUUUGACUAGAACGGUUUAGAUUGCUGAGAGGAGAGAAAGACUCACGGGCAACCGAAAAAGAAAUAAGAAAAGCAUCACGGGCGCAUUGGAUAGGUCCUUACUAGCGACGGGACUUCUUUUUUUUCUGUUGCUUCUUCCCCGUCUGACGGGGUUAGGGGUAUGGGGACGAUGAUACUGGCUUGAUUAUGGGGAUUUUAGCAUUUGCAUAGCAUUAUACUCUCGCAUCGUCAGUGGCAACUUUUUUUUUAUUCCAAUUCAUCUUGCUUCCGCGGCACGACGAGCUUUACUUUAGAAAGUAUUUUGGCCGGU